AAUUUUUGACACCGCAAAAAGGUAAACAAACGUGGUUUUGUUUUUCUGGUUUUUCUGAUCCUUUUUCUAUGUAAAAUUCAGGGAAAUUUCAGUGUGAAAAUCAUGGUUUUCAAUCAUUCAGUGAAAGUUCCAACACAGUAUAGAGUGGCUAGCAAGAUCCUGCAGAAAUAUGAGGAAGAAGGAGCGUCUAUGAGAGACAUGAUUUACAACCAGAAACACGCGAGGAUAGGCAAACUCUGUGGGUUGAUAACAAAAAUCCUGCAGCGCAAACCUCUCCUAGAUGCUGUCAUUUACGAAAGCAAGAUUCUUCAGAAAGAGCACCGUUUAAAUCCAUCCCUGUGCAAAAUUCUCGUGGCUGAACUUCUCUUCGGAGCCGGAAAACUCAAAGGUGAAUCCAAACCCGUUCAGACUGUGCUGUCCUAUGAGCAAAAGCUACGGAAAAUCUAUGAAAGAAAGACAGAGAACACUGAAGAAAUCCCUGUGGUUGCAGGAGAACAAAAACAGCCCAGAUUUAUCCGGAUUAACACUCUGAAAGUCAAACCACGGGAGAUUCUCGAGUAUCUGAGUAUGGAAGAGGGAUGGAGACAACUUCCAGCGGCAGCUUCAUACGAUGAGUACCUGGAAAUUGUUAAAAAUCUCAAGGAUGAGGAAUUUAUUGAAGACUUCCAUGUACCUGAUUUGUAUGCUUUCCCUUGCUCCUCAAAGUCACACUGGGCUACUCAUAGUCUAGUGAAGGAUUGCAGUGUGGUGUUGCAGCACAAAUCAUCGUGUCUGGCUCCUCUGAUACUGGCUCCAACGAGGAAGUCUCGUGUUUUGGACAUGUGCUCAGCUCCUGGACUCAAGACCAUCCAGAUGGCUGCAAUGAUGAAGAAUAAGGGAGUUGUUUAUGCGGUUGAAAACCAUACAAGACGCUUCACAACACUCCGGCAGUUUGCUGCCAAUUCCGGGAGUACAAUUAUUCAGCCUAUAAAUAAUGAUUCCCUGGCUAUUCACGAUGAGGAUGUUCCGGGAGUUGAAUAUAUCCUCCUGGAUCCUUCCUGUUCGGGCAGUGGAGUUAUUCAGCAAAUCCAGACGAGAGAGAGGACGGAAUACAACGAUGAACGAAUCGGGAGGUUGUCCAGGCUUCAGCUGAAACUCCUUUGCCAUGCCAUGAAGAACUUUCCAUCAGUCAAGAGAAUUGUCUACUCAACGUGCUCGAUGAAUGUCCAGGAGAAUGAGAUGGUGGUUGAGCAGGCUCUUAAGCAAUUUAAGAAUUUCAAGCUGAGGUGUCCGUUGGAGCAACUGAAGGGGGAAUGGAAGAAUUUUGGGUCGAAUUUUUGCAAGAAAGUGGGCAAGAAGUGUAUUUAUGCAAUACCUGAAGUUGAUGUUACAAAUGGGUUUUUCAUUGCGGUGCUCGAGAGAAAGGAACAGCUGAAGGAGGAGGAACCCAUGGAGACGACAUAAAGACAGGUGAUGUUCUCUACCAUUGUUCUUAAAUAUUUAAUAGUGUCUGUUGCUGCAGCAACUCAAUUCUUUACAAUUAUUUCUUCAGUUUUUAUUAUACACAUCAACAUCUUUCAAAGA